AUGUUCAUAAAAGAGAAAAAUAAAAAGCUACAGGGAUUUUGUCUAAAAAUAGGCAAUGGUGAUGGACACGUGCACUUUAGGACAGAGGAAGUAGCCAGACAUGAUGCAGAGAUCAGCAUAGUUUGUCCAGAAGAAGGAAUUCAGGAGGUCCAUCUUGGGUUUUUGCAAAUUCGACAUGUGUAUGAUGUCACAUUCAGUAUCGUGGAUGACCUUGGAGAGGAAGUGAACUUUGAUCCUUUAGAGAAUCUGGUUGUCAAAGUGAAAAGUAUUGUCCCUAAUGCCGAUGGAAAGGGACACCACUUGGUGGUUGAAUUUAAUGCUCAUAAAGAAAAAUUGAUGAAAGAGAAGGUCACCAUCCGAAGCAAGGAGCGGCCAGAUGAUGUUGUCUUUCUUAUAUUUUUUGCUCGUGUACUUGGUAAAUUCAAGGGAACUCCUUCACUUAAAAAUGGUGUCCAUUGCGUACGUAUAGAUUCAGAUGAUGAGGAAGAGAGUGACUGGCAAGGUUUUAACUGAGCAGCAGGGUCACUUGUUGACAUCCCUUUAUUGCCAGUGCCAUUAUGGAAACUUACACUUGAAGUCUUCUGAUGUAUCCAUUAUUCUGUGUGUAGGGAACUGCCAAGAUGGACCAAGGUCACAGCUCAGGAAGCUGGGUAGCCGAUGCAAAUACAGUGGAUAUUGAUUUCAUGACAUUUGCCUUUUCUCAUUCACGUUUUAAAGCAUUUAUGAGACUUAAAAUCAUGAGUGGUGAAAAUGCAGUCAAGACUGGAAUGAUUGAAGAAUUAGUUAUGUUUUAGCAGCAGCUUAUUUUAGCACAUUGUCUGUGUGCUGAACACAUUUGUUGUGAGAAAAGUUACUUUUCUGAUAACUCCCAUGGACGCAAGAAGGACUUUGUGUGUGUACACAUGAGUAUAUGAAUGUGUGUGUGUGUACUUAUGUGCAAGUUUCAUUGUAGACAACUUAAAAGUGUCUGGGUAAUGUGGAAGCCUCAUCUUCAGAACAGUCAAACGUGGCAUUACUUAUUAUUUCUUUUGGAGUACAAUCUUCCAGAAAGAAAUCCAUCAGUUGUAAUUUGAAAUAGAUGAUUAUUUCUUUUGCUUUCUCUUUUUUCACUCUUAGCUUUUUUCUUGUUUGUUAUUGCUGACUUUUUAUAAACAUGAAUUUUAUGUUGUCUGCAACUAACAAAUAGCAAAGGAAAGAGGAAAGUCAGAAGUAUAGCAUAUUUUCAGAACUUCCUUCUAGACGUAGACUAAUAAAAAGCUUUUGGAAAACUGAUUCAUGCCUCUUACAAAACUCCUUCACCCUCACAAACCCCGAAUUGCUUUAACACAAAAGAUGCAUGUUUGCCCAACGUGAAAGAAAAAUGCUCUAACAGAAUAUCCCUCAAUCUUCGUGAAAAUGAGUAAGUAUUUUAUUCACAGCCUCAAAAAGAGUGACCACAUUACUUCAGCUGCUUGUAUUGUUCCUGUUCUCGAUUGUGGCCAGUUGCAGCCCUCCUUCUUUUUGUAAAACUGCUUAUGCAAUAUAGCCUGUGAUGGUCAGUUUGUAGAGUAUAUGGAGACAUGAUGAUCGCCAUUUACUAUAUCUGAGUGGUGAUUUAGGGGCAAUAGCAAAUCAAAUGACUUUUUUUGUCACCAGAACUUUAGAGCAGAAGUGAUUAAAACAUCAGUAUCAAUUAUGUGAGCAUAAACUGUGUUUUAAAUUACCUGUUCACUAUUUUAAACCGUUAAUGACAGCACAGAUAUUUAUGAAGGACAAACACUGCAUAUUGACUAGCUAACUAUAUCGUUUGCCAGGUGACCUGCAACACAGUGCUUUAAGAUUAUAGUAAAGUCUGCUUAGUCUGCAGAUGAAGUCUUUUUAUUAUAAUCUGGUUAUGUAUUUAAUAGAAAGCAGUAAAGUUAAUGAUUUACUGUAUGGUUUAUGUGUAAUUUUGGGUCCAUGCAAAGAUAUGGGUUUACAUGUCAAAUCCAUGGUUAAAGGCAUUGAUAAUGCUCACAGAAUAGGCCAUGAUUUGUGUUCUUGGUGAAUGGGAAAUAUUUGCAAGAAAAUAAUAUGCAUUUACUUUAGACAGCAUAAUCUCAAGCAGCCUAUGUCACAUUAUCAGUCUCAAUGACCAUAAUUUUCUGAUAACAAAUUUCAGUAAAAGCAGGGAUAAUAUGGGAGUGUUGCAAACAUUCAAUUUGAAAUAAAUGAGCAUUGAUCACUGGAGCAAGAAUAUGAUUAGAUUUACAGUGUCUUCAAAAUUGCAUCUGCACCCUGAUUUUUCUCUGAGGAGUGCUUUGAUGCUAAGAUCUGCUGUUUUACUGAGAUGAGAAUUAUUCAGAACUGAAAAAUAUUGAAAUUGGAGAGAUAACCAUAACAUUUUUCGAAGGAAAUUUGGAGCAAUGACAUGGAUUGUAAAACAUCAUAUGUUCAUUCCAUGUCUGGACAGUCUUGAUGCAAUUUAUGCUCCUUCGUGUAUUUACACAUCUGGCACACAUUAAAUAAGGUUUCCAGAUGCCUUACCCUUAAUGAUUCAUUCAUAACCUUUAAUACUGGCUUCUGCUUCCCCCUAACAGUCUUGAACAUAAGCGGUUACACAAAAAGCAUGCAAACUAAAGCUGCAGCCUAGGUAUUACUUGAGGGAAUUAGAUUUAAGAACAGGCAUUAUGUUUUUAUGCAGAAUGUUCUGGAUUAAUGGUUAAGAAAUUAUAAAUUGUCAUUGCCCCCUGUGGUCACUGAUUUAUUAUUUGACUCGUUAAUGCAUGCUGUCACAUUACCUGGUGCAAACAAUUUGUGCCUUGAAGGAAUAAGAAUCGGCAGUUUCAGUUUUUUGAAACAGCUUCUCUGUUCUGAGCUGUGAUUGAUUUAGAAACUUAAGCUUAAUGCUGUUUUCCAAAGUGUAAAGCAAUUAAAUGUAGAUUUUUUUUUCAGAAUGUGAGAGAUUUAGUUUGUCAGCCAGCAUCAGACAGCAAGUGAGCCUGGGGCUGAUUUCUUUUUUUUAAGUACUCCCAUGUUGUGUGGUUUGUACAAUGUCGUGUUUCCUAGAUGAUGUUCUCAAAGCUCAAUCUUAAUUAUGGUUCACAACUCUGCAUUUCAAGUUCCACACUUUAAGAGAUUAAUAAAGAAAUUUAGUGUUUUACAA